AUGAACGCUUUUUUGGAAGGGGCAUAUGUGACCCUUAUCGCAUGCGGCUCAUAUAAUCCACCAACGGUGAUGCAUUUACGAAUGUUCGAGGCAGCGAAAAGCUUCUUGGAAUGUCGAUACGGUUGUAAGGUUAUUGAAGGUGUAAUCAGCCCGGUUGCAGACUGCUUUGCUAAGCCAGAUCUUUUGCCUGCAAAACACAGAAUGCGAAUGGCUGAAUUGGCUGUAAAAAGUUCAAAAUGGAUCUAUGCGGAUAGCUGGGAAUGUUCACAAAAGCAAUGGACUAGAACGUUACGUGUUCUCAAGCAUUUCAAAGAGAUAUUCGAUCGAAAAUUCCCUCACAUGAGACCAAUUCGAGUGAUGUUACUAUGUGGUGGUGAUUUUGUUGACACGUUUACGGUUACCACAUCGAAAGGUACGAAACUGUGGGAACCAUCCGAUCUGUUGGAAAUUAUUCGUGAUUUUGGACUGGUGGUGUUGUCACGUGGUAAGUCGAAUCCCAUGAAAACAAUCGAGAGUUUACCGUUUAUCUCACCGAAAUUUCAUUCGAAUAUUUGCAUUUUUGAUGACGACGUCAUGCCGAAUGAAGUCAGUUCAACUCGCAUACGAAAUGCGAUUCGUUGUGGUCAGUCGGUUAAGUAUUGCGUUGAUGAUAACGUUUUGGAAUACAUUUCUAAGCACCAUCUUUAUUUAACUUCCACUCAACCGACAUUUCCCGAAUCAUCUCGAGUAUCCUCUUCAUGCACGUCUAUACCCACCUCCAAUCAUGCUCUGUCUUAUUCAAUAUUACCAAAACUACCACUAACAACACAUCUAAAUGAUACGUCUAAUUCUACUACUGAUAAUAUCACUCCAACAAUGAAUACAACACAUCGCACUGCAACUAGAGCUGAGAAUUCGACAGUGGCUGCAACCGAAACAUUUUCAUACACCCAAAAUCAUCAUAAUAGCGAUAUUAUGCAGAUGAAUGAUUCCUAA